CCAUUCACCUGACAUUUUUGAGGACCAGGUGGAUUAUGACCGGGCUGUGUUUGUCGCUUGCCAACCAACCAAGCGGGGCGGCAGUCUCGAGAUUUCAGCACUGAGUUGAUCGGAACCAGCCACUCACUUCCGUUUUGGAACGAUAUCCUGGUGCACUAUGAGGGAUCGAUUGACGAAGAGAAGAUUGGAAAACACGGUACUAUUUCGAGUGUCUUUGGCCUUCAAGAGAAACUACGAAUGGGGAAAAUGGUAUGGGGAGGCGUGGUCGCCGGACAAGGGGAGGACAUGGAGGACUAAUGUGGCAGAGAGGCGGUUUCAAAACUUCAACUUCGAUCCCACCAUUGAUUACACGAGAGGGUAUAUGCUGAAGUUCCCGGUGGUUACGGGCCCAUACGGGCUUCCGCUAAUGCCACCUGGCAAUCCCCGUCAGUGCGACACACCCUUUGAGUAUGCGGGGAAUGCUUCCGAGGGUUUACCCUGCUCCCCUUGGUCCGAGACUGCUGGAUGGUUCUUUGGAGAUGGUACCAGCAUGGACCUGCUUCUUCCUCUCACUGAGGUGGUGUUCGAACUCAGCCGGAUUGGCAACUACAUCCGAGGGUCUUCGGUCUUCAACCACACGUAUUCUGGCCCACGGAACCCGAUGAACCAGCAGCCAUGGCUUGCCUAUUUCACCGGAGGCAACAGGAUCCGGGAGCUCAACAACAACCCCAAUGGACGGUACAGAUUAGAGAGCACUGUCGAUAUCUCCGGUGACAAUUGCUCGCCUGUGGCGAAGGGCCUUCCUGUGCUUCCGGUUCCGUACACCCCGCGUAAUGUACGUUCUCAGUACGGAUUUGGCAUAACUUUCCAGGUGGCAGCUUAUGAUCCUGACCUUCGGGACUAUGGGACGGACCCUGUCUACUUCAGGAUUGGGACGAGGACGGAACAUGGAUAUAUCCUGCAGCACAUCCUGCCGGAGUCUAUGUUUGUCACCUGGACUCGGGAGGAUUUCGAAGCGGAGAAAGCCAAAGUGGCUGCACGAGCAAUCGCCGCAGGGCGGGAACCCCCUGGCAUGCCGGAGUGGGAUGAUGAAAUUGACUAUGCGAAGGCCCCCAAUGACCUGACGAUCGAUAUUGUUUCCGGAAUCGUAUCCUGGGAAGCUGGUCUCUCUCCGUUUGAAGCCGACCCUAACCCGUAUGAGAACGGGACGUUCCCUGAGAUUCCGUUAAAGCCACCCAAGAAGUCAGGUUUCUACAACCUUGUGGUCAUGGUCAGCAGCCCGUCCCAAGAUCCCGACGCAGUGGCAGGAUUAGUCGCUCACUACGAUGGCAAUAUCUCGAUUCCUAUUGACUUCCUCAUUUACCUGUAUCCCAACAUGCACUACUGCUCAAUUGAGUGCGCCCCAUCCAGUGGUAUCCAGACGUUCACCACUAGCUCCCAGCGGACAACGUACGGGGAUUACAAAGGCCCAGAUUCAACCCAGUGGAUAUAUGGUGCACCUGGGACCGGAAAGUGCGCCAUCUGUGGCGGGGGUGAAACCCCUGAGCACCUUGUGAAUAUCUCUGUUUGCAAGCCUACGCUGACGACACUGUCGGAUCCCUCGGAGCAAUGCACAGGGGGGUGUCCAGCAUUUUUUCUCAAUGAGGUUAACGAGGGGAUAACUUUUGAUGGGGCCUGCGAUCGGACAGCAGCAAGGGGAGGCACGCCCACUACUGUUGUGCCAGACGCCGCGGCAUGCAAGAUCAACACGCCCCCUCGAUGGGUGGAUGGGGCUCGGGACGGAUAUACUCCGGCGGUGGUUCCUGACGAGAAAUCGCAUCUGGGUGUGGGACGAGCCCGGGUGUACGGGAGACGGGGGGAGAACAUGACAUUCAACUUGGUGGCAAGGGAUGACGAUGACUGCGUGGAGCUUUCUAUACAAGACAUUGGACUGUUCACAACAGAUAAUUCAUGGAUGGAACUGGGGCCUACAACACGAAAUGACACGGAGGGUCGGCAGAUCAAGCGACAAUUUUUUUGGAACCUGGCGCCGGAUCUGGAGGACGAUCGACCCAAUGACGCGGAGGUCUGUUUCUUUGCGUUCGACCAGUACUUGAUGAGUGAGCUGCGCUGUGUGCAUCUGCGACUUUCGGCCACACCUAUCUUCUGGAUGGAUCAGCGCCCGUGGUCGGAAGAAGAUCUGGAGAAGUUCUUUGGGUAUACCGCGUUCAACAAUACGCAGUACAUAGUCAGUCCAGGAAUGUUGUUGACAUUCCGUUUGGAGGCACGGCAAGGAGCGAGGUUGGGACCACUUCGGUUGGUUGUGACACAAGGUAAGAUACCGGACGGGGCAGAGAUUGUCGAGGAGGAGGCCGGGGACCCCAUGAAGCUGGUGUUCAACUGGGUACCAAGGACAACUGUUGACGAGUGCGAGUACCGGCUGUGCUUCCAAGCUUUCAAUACUCUCAACGACUUUGCAACCACUCUUGAUGGCUUCUGGGAUGAGCGGUGCUAUUAUAUUGUGGUAACGGGCAUGGCUGCCAAGCUGGGACCAGGCAAUCCGUUCCUGACCUCGCCGAAUGCGACUGCCCUCUUUCCAGGAGGCUGCGGGCUUACCAUGGGGGCAUGGAUCAGGCCUGACCCAUCUAUGACCUCCAUGCCCAUUCUGACUGCCGGAUUUGUUGAGACGGGAGGCAGCCUCAAUUUCAGCAUCAUGCAUCAACUUCGUUGGGAGAAGGCGGACUACUUGGUGUACGAUGACAAGGCGCUGGUGCAGAGGAAAAAGAUGGGCGACUUCUACAAGUUUGUGUACUUUGACGGUCUUAUGCGAGUUGAAACAGAUGCCGUUUUCUGCAGUGAUGAGUGGCAUUUUGUGAUGGUCACUGUAGGGGAGGAUGGUCAAGUUGCCCUCUAUGGUGAUGGUGCGGGUCGUAGAACUCGGUCUGCCACGGACCACAACUAUGCCAAUUAUGGUGUUGUCAAUGCGAGAGGGCGACCAGUCACCGUGGUCAACGAAACAUACUAUGUUGGAGGUUACGUGUUGGGGAACUUCGUACCUGGAACGAUUGGGACUGUUCUUAUGAAUGCCAGCAUGGCAGCUACAGGCUACUUGUACGUUGGGUCCUUUCCUACAGGGUGGACGUCCUACCCGCAGGAGUCGACCAUGGGGUUCAUCGAUGAGGUGCGGAUUUAUUCACGGCCUCUCUCCAAGGUAGAAAUUGCAGAAAGCAUGUUUCUGAGCCUGGACCCGAGCAAAGAGCGAGGACUUGUGGGAUACUACAAGCUCGAUGAUGGGCCGUUGCUCACGGGGGAGACUUUCAAACGGUACCCUCAGUGGUUGAAUGGGAGUGGGCCCAUCCAAAAGCCCGAGGACGAAAUUAUGGCACUUGUCGACACAAGUCAUCCAGUGCUUGACAGCUCUGGGCGAGGGAACAAUUUGAUGUAUGGGGGCGUGCCUGAGUUGAGCUUUCAGUGGGAGGUCACCCCCUUGCAGCAGGCUUGCCCUACGUCCCUCAGUGUCCCUGUUGUCCACGUGGCAGGUGGUGAUUGCUUCAACAUUUCAGGUAACAACUUUGCUCAUAGCCCCUGGUUGCAGUGUAGCUUCGGGGAAGGAAAUGAGGUUCCAGCUUACUGGAUCAACUCCAGCUUGGUCACCUGUUGCGCACCGCCAUAUCCAACAGCUUGCUCAGUACCUGUAGAAGUGGCAAAUGAUGGGUUGCACUUCUCUGCCCACUCUAUCCCAAUUUACUAUCUGGAGAGAGCUAUGGAGUUUGAUGGACUCUCCGAGUUUGUUGCUGCCAAUGGAGUUUGCUCGAGACUGAAUAGCUCUCAGAAAGGCUAUUCCAUGGGCAUGUGGGUGUACCCGUACAGCUCGGCCAUUACAGAUGGUGGCCAAGAUUCAAUUUUGCUCAUGUGGGCAGGGUAUCAGCUGCCUCCACCGGUUUUGGGGGCCACCCCAGUUGAGGGUCCUCCUCCUCCACCUGCUCCACCUGAGGCACCAGAUGCUGGGACAAAUGUGACGGUGCAAGCAUUGCGACCUUCAUCUUCACGGCCUGCAUCAUCCUUGGCUUCUUCUUCUUCUUCUUCUCUUUCUUCUUCUUCCUCUUCUUCCUCUUCUUCCUCUUCUUCCUCUUCUUCUGCCUCUUCUCCUCCUCCUUCCACUUCUUCUUCCUCUUCCUCUUCUUCUUCAUCUUUAUCUUCUCUGUCUUCGUCCUCUGCUUCGCUAACUUCUCUCUCCUCUUCUCCCUCUGCUACAUUGUCCUCUCCUCCUCUGGCCACCUCUUCCUCCUCUUCCACCUCCUCGACUCCUCAUAAAACUCUCGCCUCAAAUGUGUCAUCUCACUCCUCAAAGCAGCCUCAUCACAAGAAAGGCACCAGCAAACAUAACAGGCAUCUGCUGCAGUUCGAUUUUGAACCACCUCCUCCUUUCAUAGCUGGCCAAAAUUUGGAUGAGUCAAUCCGCAACCCAUCAAUCUUUCUGUUUUACAGCAAAGAUCAACAUUUUGGGUAUGCUGAUCGGACGCCCUCAGGAAUCUACAGCGAGUUCCUGGGCACAGUACAGGCACUGCCUGAUCAGUGGCAUUUUAUCAUGCUGACUGUUGGCAGUGACAGCUCGGCCCAACUUUACGUGGAUGGCCAGCUGGAUGCAGUGAAGAUUGACACCCAGAUGGUUCCCCAUGCCAUGGCCACGUGUCAGUUUCAUGUGGGUUGCACACACCAGGCUCAGUCACUCAGAAGUCCCUCCCCUCCGCCACCACCUCAGCCACCUCCAGCACCAGACAACGUACCUCCACAGGCUCCUCCUGCUCCUGCUCCUCCUCCCCCCUCGCCUGGUACCCCAGAGGAUGGGGGUAGAGCGGGCAGGCGCAGGCUGUUGCAAUCGGAAGGCGUAGGUCACUGUUUCCGAGGUUUGGUCGAGGAGGUUCGCGUAUAUGGGCGACAUCUGUCGGCCUGUGAAGUGCAUGAAGUAAUGUGGUAUGGGGAGGUACGUUAUCCAAACAACUGUCCACUGGUCGAGACCCCUCCCUCGUCGUCCCCAGAUGAUGACCCCAAUGCAGCGCUUAUCUCUCAUCUAAGGUUCAAUGAGGCAGGUGGCUCUGAUGUGAUUGACUCUGCGACAACGAACGGGGAACUUGGGACAGCCUUGUUUUCUACAAUUGCUAUCUCCAGCCUCCCAAAUUCUCGAGCAGUGCGUCUAUGGACAACGGUGCCAUACCUUCCACCUUGCAUUUCGACUGCUGUGCCUAGGAGAACAGAUUGUCCCCCAACCAACAUCACACGGGUCAUCAAACCCGGAUUUAAUCUAGAUGCAGAAGGUGAGUGGACGAGGAUGCCUAUACCUAUGCCCAAUCGGUGUGGGAAAGAGCAUCUGGAUGUGUAUGAGCGUCUGAUCCCCAUUGAUGGUCACAAUAACGUCCGUGUGUUGGGAUUUGGCUUUGCCAAGUCACAAUGGCUACACUGUGAGGUGGAUGGGCGCCUUACAACAGCUGAGUAUAUCCACUACGACGAGACAAGGUGCACUGUGCCCGCUCUUCCCAGCGUUGGUAAGUAUUCCAUAGCCGUGGCAAAUGAUGCGUAUAAAAGGGUGCGACCUGUCCCUCGAAGCCCAUCUGACUUCAUCCCAGAAAUCUUCACCUCUGGCAGCAUUACUAUAGGGUGCGGGACACAGCAAAGCAUCGGUACCUGGCCGUACCGAGCUGCAGUUGCAAACAAGCAGGUGGAGGUGAUGGAGAUGGCACUGUACAUGGACGGAGCGAAUGACUAUGUGGAGAGCCCCAGCGUCAGCGAGCGUGUGUCCACAAGCCCGGACGGGUUCACUUACGGAGUUUGGUUCUAUCCCCUAGACAUAGAUCCAUGUGCCGAGCAGCCCCUUGCUUGUUUCACAUCAUUAUCAGCUGAUGGCCUGCCAACUGAUCUGCAGAGCUGCAUCAUGCUGCGAGGUGAGUAUGCGUACCUGCUGAGUGCAUGCACUGCAGGCACUGGUCUCAACUACACCACUGGUGCCCGUGUUCUUGUAGAACACAAGGAGUGGCAUUACUGUGAAGUCAGUGCAAAACCACACACGGAUGGACGGAUGCUUACAAACCUGAUGUGUGAUGGGAGAUGGGCCCCGGCACCAAGCAUUGAUGGCCAUCUCACACCUUGUCGCCCAGCGACAGAUGGCUCCUUCUUCAUUGGGGGACUGGGGGAGCACACAGCCCCACAGCCGGCUCCACCUGCGCCUCCAGCACCUCCAAACCAGCCGAUUUCCCCACCCUCGCCUCCCAGUCCCCCAUCUCCACCACCUGCACCAUUUCCUCCACCAGCUCCAAGUUCGCCUCCGCCGCCGCCACUCCGGCCUCCGCCCCCUCCAGCUUUCAGCCAGUCCAGCGUGAAGAAGAAACAUGGUGUCCCAGGUGCCAAGGGCGUAAUUCAGACCUUCGACCCUGAGGACCUGCCAGGCAGGCGACUUCUUCAGAUUGAUGGCCAUACCUGUCCGUAUGUUGAUCAACAGAAGUUCUUCAAGGGGUUCAUCGAUGAGGUGCGUGUGUAUGCCUCCAGUGCCAUGGCCAGUUCUGCUGCCGACUUCCUCCUACCUCCCUUCAAACGCAGAAAGCUGAUUAAGCCUGUUGCCUACUACAGGUUUCAGCCUCUUCUACGUCAUGCCUGGCAGCAGAAACUCAGCGCCGAUGUCAACAUCUUCAUGCCAGUUAACUACAGCAUUGUGGCCGACUCUUUUCCAUUCCAGUUGCAUGUGAACAGAUCAGCCUCAAUUAGGGGGGUGCCAGGGGUAGCAGUGGAAGUUCCACCGUGGUACUAUGUGUCAGCACCCUGGGAACCAGUGUCCACAUAUAGGAUUGCAGAGGGGGAUGAGGACGGAGUAACAGUCACUAUCGAUGGAGGGCAAGGCAUCACAGUUGAGGGGUUCAACUUUGGUGGGAGCCCCUGGUAUAUCUGCAAUUUCACAACGAUGAGUAUAGGGUUUGGGGGGCUGUGGCCUCCCAUCCCGCCUGCUGGGCUGAUGCCACUGCCAAAACCAGUGAUUGUCCAGCCCAAUCCAGUGGCUGAAAGAACUCAGUAUCUUAUGUCGGAGAUAACAGGGGACAGCACAACCAAGGUGGUUUGCCCGGCUCCCCAAGUAUUCUCUGCUGGAGCGGUGAAAGUAACCGUCGGCGGGCCCCUACUGUCUAAUCAGAGUCGGUCAGCUGCCAUCCUGCGGUUCCACGAGCGAGUGCUUGUGCUCCAGGGCAACCUGUCCACCCAGGCUGUCCGAUUCGCUGGGUCUGUGGAUGACGGUGGGGUGUUGUCAUUGGUCUGCGAUCCUGGGUUGCGGAUUGAGACUGUACUCUUUGCUGACUAUGGGCAGCCUGAUGGCCGGUGUCUCCAUCCGCCUGAGUAUAAGCCUCCGACAUGUGGCAACGAAGAUGACGAGUCUGCUGUAUCGAUGGUAUCCGACAGUGGUGAUCUGUUGGCGUCAUCUGGCUGCAACUACACUGCCUUCCAGGUUAACACUAAUUGCUCAGCAGCGGCAGCUGUUGAAGCGGCAUUGUCUGCUGAUUGCUUGGGUCGGUCCAACUGCUCUAUCUAUGUCGAUGCGGCCAUGCUGGGAGGAGUCGACCCAUGCCCCUCCAUGCCCAAGUGGCUCUCUGUUGCCCUUGAUUGCUCCAACCGGUGGAUGGGAAAGGACUUUGUUCUCAGCCGCUAUGCCAGUGCAAAGUUCACCAGAAAUGCGUACUCUUUCUCCAUCUGGGUCUAUCCCGAGAUCCAGGAGGGUGUCAGAGCUAUCGUCAGCUUUGGCAGCUCUGGAUCUGAGCCCAAUCGCGCAGUCUUGCAGUGGCAUGGGAACAUGGCGACCGGCCAUUUCUAUUAUUAUGAUGACUUCAUACAUGAUGUGGUCGUACGUGAUGAGGAUGGGGAACCUCUUGAUCUGGCAGCUCGAAGAUGGUAUUUCGUCGUGGUAACUGUCGAUGAAGAGAACAACGGUUACAUCUACUUGGAUGGACGUCCAAUGGUCUCAUUUGCUACCAAGUCUCGUCCGGAUGCCAGCGGCCUAGGCAGGCUUAUCAUCGGAAUGGACCUGGACUACAUGGAUGUGCCAAGAGAGUACUUUGCUGGGAUGGUGGAUGAGUUUCGUGGCUAUUCCAGAGCAUUAAGCUCUGAUGAAGUCCUGACCAAAUACUGCCUGACGGAGGUUCUUCCUGAAACAGACCCCGAUCCAUGGCUGGUUGUCUAUUACCGAUUCAAUCGUGAUGGUCCUGAUCCGACUAAGGUGGUCGACUCUGCUGAUCCCUGGGCAUUUGCCGAGCUCCCGCAGUCCACAACGUCCAUCUGGAGUCCUGCUGAUCUCACCUUUGACAGUCAGGUCACUACACCUGGGGCUGGUCUCUUGACGGUCCACACCACCUAUGCUCACACGGGUGCUCCUUGGUUUGCACCCACAAUUCUGGGUAUCCAACAGGGUACAGAUGCCAGCAGGGUGCACAAGCCGCUUCAGGGCCCCAUGUCCGGAAUGAUGAAUGUCACCAUUACGGGAAUCAACUUCUCUCCUGGUCGCAAGGUCAACGUCUACGCCGAGAAGAAUGGUACUAUGGCAAAGGCUCCAAAGGUGAUAUGGAGGGAUCAUACCAACUUGACAGUCAACCUGCCAAAUGUAACGAGUGCCGGAACAUACAAAGUGUUCGCGAUGCAUGGGGAUGCGGAUGCUCCUGAGGACAUGAUACAUGGCUGCAGCUCGGGGGGACUGGGGGCCAUGGAAUAUGAUUUCCUGCCGACACUUCAAGACGCUGCCUUCGGAUUGGUGGCAUGGUAUCCGUUAUCUGAUGGUCCAGAUGGUUGGGCCGUCUGGGUCAAUGAACCCAUUCCUGAGCCAGGGCGUAUCAAGGGUAUAGUCAAGCUGGACUCCAAUCGCUGCGGUUUGGCUAGGGAGGCAUAUCGCUUCGACGUGGGAGGCGAACUGUGGGGGAAUGGGGGGGAGAUUGUUCUUCCUUCAAAUGAUAGGCGAGAUUGGACAGCUGUUGCUGCCUGGAUCUACGUUGAGGACUCACCUGUUCCUCCAUAUGUGUCAUGUGUGGGCUACCUGAUUGAAGAUACCAGGCGAGGUGGCGACCACAACUUUGUCACAAAUGCUUGGAAACUUGCUGUUCUUAACUUGGAUGGAACCCUGUUUGUGAAUGGGCGGCUUGUUGCUAACGCAAGCGCCUAUGAGCCUCCCCUUCGCCGGAUUCUUGAAGAAGGCAUCAUUGGUGGUGACGGAUUCCGAGGGAUGAUUGAUGGGGUAAGGAUUUACAACCGGACAAUCAGCUGGGAAGAGUCUGCCUAUUGGUUUUUGAAUGAUGACUACGCUGUUGAGUUUGUCAAUGGAACACAUGCUGUUUCUCGGCCCCUAGCCAGUGAUAACGCUGCAGUCCCAGUUGGCCCUGCUGGCCUGCUUGCCCGUUUCUAUGAUCCUUUUGGGAGCUACGGUGACAUUAUCACCCCUCAAACAGCCAGGUUUAGUGACAUCUACAACUUCACUGUCUACUCUGAUGGCGGCAUCCUCUUGCUGGUGGAUAAUGCAACUGUAAUUGAUGCUCGCACGUUGUCUGGCCCGGCAAACUUCACUGGCUCCAUCUUUCUCAGGGGCAACACAUGGCAUGCAUUGGAAAUUUAUUACACCCAUGACACGGGAGAUGUUGACCUGCAUCUUUGGUGGGAGACAAACAGGGGUGAGCUGCCGUCCGAGUUGGUUCCGAGUGGUCACCUGCGCUCUGGUGUUGGUCCAUUGGUUGUCACCGCAUGGUUGUAUGCUUAUGACGCUGGGGGAUUUCAAUCUGUCUUCAGCAAGCUAAUACCUCCAGCGAGUAAGGGAGAUGCAAGCGGAGGCAUGAAUUCCUUCAGCCUGGGGGUCCAUAAUGGUAUGCUUGUCGCGUCUGUUUAUGUGGGGACCUCUCCAGCCUGCAAUGUGUCGAGCAUGGACAAGCCCGUGGCGUACCGGAGCAUUGCUAGUCAGAAAGCAAAUAUUACGCCUGGCAAAUGGCACCAUGUGGCAGCUUCGUACAAUGGCUCUGCAUGGUAUUUGUUUCUCGAUGGGAUGCUUCAGGACACGGUGUUGUAUGACUCUGUGCUGUUCCCACCCUCUCGCAUGACGUAUGCAUUGCUGAUUGGUGCGAGUUCAGGAGUGCUCGGCCGUCCAAUGAGUUUCCUCCAUGGUCAGCUGUAUGGCCUCAGACUGUAUGAUACCCCCAUACGAGAGGGUGACCUCGAGCUGGUGAGGCUGGACUCUCAAUGCAUGACCCGCACACCCCUGAUGAAUGUCGUAUACGAUCUUCCAAUGGGAGAAGGCCUUGGAAUGUAUCUCCACGAUAAGAGCGGGGCUGGGAUUUUCUCAGCGGCCAUGCUUGUUCCAGCACCCAAUCUCGGGAUGGGCAUGUGGGUCCCAUCUCAGUGCAUCGGGUAUGAACGGCAGACAACAAAGGUAGAUGUUGCGGGCAGAGCCCUCCAGCUGGCAAUCGCUGGCGAAAUCAUUUACUUGACCUUCACCUCCCAGGGAGCUUGUGGUUUGGGCAGAAAGCUUGGCGGUGAGAACUUUGAGGUCUUGGUGGAGGGCCCUCCUCCCCAUCGGGAACAAACCGGCCUCACCUUUGCAAACAACGGCUUAAGGGACCACGGGGACGGGUCUUACACUCUCAUGUUCAAUAAGACCCUCAGUGGGCCUUACACUGUCAACAUUUUGUUGAACGGUGUGGUGAUUAACCAGACGGUUGUGGAGGUUUCAGCAUUCAACACCGCUCUCGAAAUGACAUAUGCUGUGUAUGAAGAGAACACCAAGGAUGUCAUUGUUGGCAAUGCAGCCAACCUCACCCUUGUCACUGUCGAUAAAUAUGGCAAUGUUCGUAAGUCCGGGAAUGAAACUGAAUGGAAUGUGUGGUUCGAAGGAAUGUACACAUCAAAAGUUCCGGUGAAUGAUGCAGGAGAUGGCACAUACAGAGUAGAGUUCGUACCCGUCCUUCCUGGCAAGUACCGGAUGAUGGGCACCCUGUGCAACAGGUCAAUUUGCGAGGGGAGCAGUCUGCCCCCACCGCCAGCACCUCCUCCACCAGCACCACUACCUCCUCCGGCACCCCCAUCGCCACCUGAAGAGGACCAACCCGGCAGGAGACGGCUCCUGCAAGAAGCAUCAAAGCGCAGGAUUCUGGUUGGAAGCGAGAUAUGUCGCUACUGCCUCGAGGUUAAGCCCAGCUCUGCCUUGUCAUCCAUUGCAUCGAUUGUCUCUAUUUCCGGUUUGACUUCAGGUUCCGGUUUGCGUUCUCCACCUUGGUCGACACUUGGCUCUAAGAACACAGCUGCUGUCGGGGCAUCUCCCCUGUUUUCAAGGGCAGCGGCUGAGGAUGUGGAUGGAACCCUAGUUCUGGAAAGGGGAGGACCAUUUGUGUCAUUUCCGGACAACGACCAACUGGAUUUCAAGGGACCAUUCACCAUCCAAACAUGGUUGUGGCGGGAUAUCGAGACAUCUCUUCCGCCUCCACCUAUGUUUCCUUCUCCUCCAUCUCCUCCUUCACCACCUGAGAGUCCCCCUUCACCACCUUCACCACCUGAUAACACAACAACUCCCCCUUCACCAGAGGCACUGGCGGAAGUACCACUGUUGUCACCCAGCCCAUCACCAGCCCCUGCAGACAGCCCCCCCUUUACCCCUCGGCUAGGGCCUCCAAGGGACUUGGAGCAGAGGCCCUUACGCAAAUUAGCGGGUGCAGUUAUUGGUGCUGGGCAUAGGGAGUACAUAUUUAGCAAGAAAUCAGAUCGAACUGACAAGGGGUAUUGGCUUGCCAUCAGCUUCCUUGGAAUUCCGAAUAGCUAUCAGUUAGAGAUGGGAGUGUACAUUGGAUCGGAUCAGUUCCGUGUGGCAACUGGAAGGACAAGAAUCCAAUACAGGACCUGGGUAAAUGUGGUGGGCUGGUACAAUGGGACUGUCAUGCAAGUGGAGGUGGACAAUGUGCCCGUAGUGACUGGAAGCUAUCCUGGUCUGCCACAAUAUCCUCGAGGCAAUCGACAGCUGGUUAGAGUAGGGGAGAACUUUCAAGGGAGCUUGGCCAGGAUGAAAGUAUUUGCCACUGACCGCAGCAAAAUCUUGGAAAAUCUGGCCAAGCCAGGAUAUGAUGGUUUCUGUCCAUUUGUGCCAGAUGCUACGCCAACAGGCAGUGGUGCCAAUUCUACCUCACCCUCUUCCUCAGCACUGGUAGCCUACUAUAUGUUCAACCAGAAGUCGAUGUCAAACCGAGUCUUUGAUGCAAGUCCCACUGGUAACCAUGGCUACCUUGGCUUGGUUGGAGGCCGUGCCAACUCAGGGGGUGAACUCAACUUGACGUGUCCGUCAUCCACUGCCAUCACGACUAUUCUGUAUGCUAACUGGGGCCACAACAUUGGCCCUCUCGGUGCCUACUUCGCCAACCCGAAGUGCAAGACUGAAAACACUACACAGUAUGUGGAGACUCUAUGCCUGGGAAAUCAGACUUGCCUGGUCAGCGCAUCACCCUCCAUUUUUGGCGACCCUUGUCCCUUGGCUGGUCUCCCAGUGACACUUGCGGUGAUGGCGUCGUGCUCUCGGCCCAAUGGCGUUCCUCAGACAGUGCUGGCUCAAGGUCCACCGUCUUGGGUCUCCAAAAGCUCAUACGAUAGUGUUCCAGAGGCUGUCGUCCCUUCUUUGCAAUCCAAGGUUCCAAUGCUGUGGUGGAUGGAGCUAGAAGGCGGGGGAGCUCCGGGCACACCUCAUCCUGGGGGAUGGAACUUCAGCAAUGUCAGAGCGGGAAAGCGUGCGCUCUACACCGUGCUGGCCUUUGACGAAUGCGGCUUGAAGAACGCUGCCGGCGAACUGCCUUUUGACAUCCAGGUCAAUGCCCUCGACUGCGUAGAGAGCACGUACUCUCUCACCCGCUUUGACUGCAACAUUCCCUUGUCCUCCACCGCUCUCCCCUAUGCUUGCUACCCUCUUCAGGUCGGCGGUGCUCCUCGGCGAAUCAAUUUCCAAGUUGAAUGGGGAGGAGAAAGCUUUGACAAUGAAUGUGGCAUCUUUCAGAAUGCACACCUCCUCCACUUCUUCGUCAACUUUACGGGCGCCCAUCAGUUCACGGUGACCAUCGAUAAUGCAACCGUUUACACAGGUGUUGCUGUUGUCAGGCCUGGGCCGCCAUCCGCGAACACACGAUUCGCUGGGAUACCCUGGACAGCUGAGGUGGGGAUGCCGGUAACUGUGCAGGUGGCUGCGUACGAUGAGAAUUUCAACCCCAUCUGGGGGGGGCCGACAAAACACUAUCUGGAUAGGAUUUCUGUCCGAUGUACACCCCCAGCCAAGACCAGCAAGUUCGAUGCAGGGGACCGAUAUUACACUUUUUCGGUAACUUUCCUUGACAGCGGUGUUCACACCCUCGAGCUGUUGUUGGAUGAAACCCUCGUUAUUGAGACUGGGACCGUCACUGUGACACAAGCUGGGCCACGAGUCGUCGCUCUUAUUCCCCCUGCCAGCGUCAUCCCAUCUCCAAGGUUUGAGCACUCCACCGCUGUCAAAGACAACCAGUUGAUUGUGUUCGGCGGCACAGCUCGAGACAAGACCUAUCUGGACGAGACGUGGUUAUUUAACCCAGGGUUGAAUGAGUCGUACAGCUCGGAGUUGGGAGGAGGUGUGUGGACGUACAGGGCAAAAGUGAAGAUUUCGGGUGCAGUCUUUGAUGACCCGAUGAAUGUCGAGAUCAAGCUGGACACGAACAUGAUGUUCAGUCAAGGUAAGGUCCGAUGGGACUGUGCGGAUGUGUUGUUUAUUGGUCCAGAGGGACAGCAUCUGCGGUACUGGCUGGACCCUAUCCCUGGGUGCCGCUCCAAUGCUACCGUGUUCUGGUUGCAUAUCCCUUUCAACAUACCCUUCGUUUGGAUCUACUAUGGCAACCCACUGGGGCAAACGCGAUCAACGUCGACAAUCUUUGAUUUUUUCGAAGACUUCGAGUAUACUGGGCCCCCGGUCUCUGCGUUCAGACGAAAGCGUCCUCUGCCUAACACUGGAAACUGGGGUCCUGGCCCUUGCGUCACUGUUACGAAUGACACAAAUUUUGAUCGCUUCGUGACAUCAGAUGAUGUCUCCAUCCAUGGUGGACGUAGCCUUAAGGUGACGGGUGCAAACAUGGGUGAGAAAAGCUCCAUCCUCAUCUCUCUUCCUCACAACAUGCGGUCCUAUGUUCUCAAAGGAUACUUCUUUGACGGUGGAUGCCAAGGAGGAGGUCACUGGAUCAGUCCGGACUUUGAUGGGUGUACGGAUCCUGACGUGGACAAGGUCAUGCUUCCUGAGCUCAAUGGCCUUGGGCUAUACACGAUUGCCUCAUAUGGCUACUAUUCGGCAUACUAUCCAUGGACAAGCUCACGCGUCCAUCGCUCUCCUGGCUCAUGGCACUCCUUUGCCUUCUAUGGGGACCAUCUUUCUGUUGAGCUGUAUGUAGAUGGCCAGUUUGCAAAGAGGUCCGUGCACCGUAAUGCCACGUCAGCCUUGAAGGACAUAUUCAUUCAUUUUGGGACGGAUAAGAUGCUGUCUGAGAUGAAUGGGUACUGGGAUGCGAUUUUUGCCACUCCUUGGGACAGGGCCCUUAUUGUGUCUGAACCAGAAGCAGAGCAGAGGAUCAUGUGGUCGCCUACAUCAAUGAAGUGGACAAAACUAAUGCCGACGACAAAGCCCCCAGCUCGACAAGGACAUAGUGCUGUCAUGUUCAAGGACAACAUGUACAUUUUCGGAGGGGAGAGGAGUGCGUAUGAGUAUAGUGAUGUAUGGGUAUUCUCACUGGAAAAGAUAGACUGGACCUUCAUUCCGGUGGCAGGGCCAGUUCCACCAGCUAGGCACGAUCAUUCUGCUGUCGUGCAGGGCAAGCGCAUGUGCAUCUUUGGAGGGAGGAGCCCGGCACCAUUGGGAGACAUGUGGUGCUUUAAUAUCCCCACUCGAAAAUGGGAACAGAUUGGAGCUGGAAUCACACCAGGACCAACUGGCGCUCGAUGGCCUAGCCCUCGAUUUGGCCAUUCUGCUGUUAUGAUCAAUGACGAGAUGUACCUUUACGGCGGUUACACCCCAGAGGAUGCCACCACUGGCUUGCCACCAGGAGGGCUUGGUCGAGCUUCCAAUGAGGUCUGGAGGUUCAACUUCUCAGUCACGGAUUGGUUGAAGGUCGGCCCAAGGUUUGAUCUUUACAUGGAGGCCGGUAUUCGCCAAGGAACCCCGCCCACCAUUGCUGAUGCUAUUGUCUUCCCCACUCUGAUACCUCAAGGUAGGUUCGCUCAUGUAGCGUUUGGUCUAGAAGAUUGGAUGUAUAUUGCUGGAGGGUUGGGUGGCCCUCGUCUCAGGACAGAGAUGGAUGACAUGUGGCGUUUUCACGUACGGAAGAAGCGGUGGGAAGAGGUGACGUGGGACCUUGUCGGGACCAGGCAACCCGUCAAGAGGUAUGAUUCCUCUGGUGGCGUGCUCUCCUGGAGGUCUUCCGACAACAGAACUACUUAUUUCCUCGCUAUGUUUGGCGGUCACCGGGAAGGCGAGUUCCUUGAUGACGUAGCAUUGUGCUAUGUUCGGGACUGGAUCGACACUCCUCCGGCCCCUACUGAUGUCUUCCAGCUUCUUCCUCCUCCUCCUUCCAUGCCACCUCCUGUUCAGAUCCUCCCUCCUCCCGAACCUAUGGAUGCAACCACUCCAGGACAACCUGGUUCUCUCAUACCCCUUUCUCCUGAGGGAUCUCCCCGUUCUUCCCCAACUCCAUCCCCUGCCCCUUCGCCCUCUCCUGUCUCUUCUACACGUCUCUCACUCACUUCAUCACCUUCUCCUUCUCAAAUUCUCACACCAGCUCCUUCGUCCUCCAUCCCCUCAUCCACUUCUACAGCUACAGUCCAGUCUGUUCAUGAGCCUCCCGCCAUACCAGGCACCCUGGUUGCUGCACCCGCUAAGCCUGCCCCUGCUCCUCUGAAUAUCCUUGCUGCCACCUCUUCCAUCGCCCUUGGGCCAUCUCUUAUUGAGCCAAUCUUCAACUCCACCUCCCUGGGCCAGUCCCUUGCCCCACAACCAGCCGCGCAGUAGCCAUUGGAUGCAAAAAUCAUGUUCGCCUGCCCUCGUCAGCUUGAUCACACCAGCCUCCCCACCUGUUGUUCCCUCCUGCUGACUGCCAUGAUUCUCAUUUUCUGACUGAGCUGAACACACCCACUCUGCCGGAAUCAAACAAUCCUGCUGCCAGGUGUCCAAUAUCCCAGGCCUUCUCCUACUUUUCGGUUUGGAUCAUUUCAUGCCGGGUGCGUUUUGUGGAUGAGACAAGCACCGCCUGAACUCAGCAAAACCUCAGCGAAGCAAACAGCAGUAGUUUGGUGAUACAAGCCAGGCUUGAACAUGAAGAGCAAUGAGCUUCUCAGUUGAUCUCUUGCCUCCCCAAUUCAUGGUGUGUAUUAUUUUCAGCCUGAAGAACCAGCAUGUUCUUUAAACUUCUUUGUCAUUGCUCCUCGAGCGAAUAAGGUACCCUAUCCUUCUCCCUCACCAGGAGUUCAAGUCACAAGUCUCUUCAAGUGGUAGUUCACAACGACGACUUCCACCUUUCCAUCCGCUGUCACACUUCUGACAAACAUCAGCAUUCAAUACUUAGCCUGCAGCAGGCUUAUAUUGUCAACGGGCCUGGCGUUCCUGGUCACACUGCCCUUUGUUCUGCUUUCAAAUUUAGGUAUACCACGCUGUUGCUGGGCCGUAGCUGUAGUGUUCAUUUCAUCGUGUUCCUUUACUUUUGAUCCCCACCUCCACAACUCCUCCCUCCAUUCUCUCUCUCUCUCUCUCUCUCUCUCUCUCUCUCUCUCUCUCUCUCUCUCUCUCUCUCUCUCUCUCUCUCUCUCUCUCUCUCUCUCGUACAUACCUUCCUCCCUAUCCUUCCAUUUUGUGCCUGUGUCUGUGUUGUUGUGAUCUAAGCAGAAUCACUCAGGCGUUCUUCGGACUUCUUCCCUAUCGGGUAGAUAUCCUUUGCACUGGUAUGACCAGGUACUGUCUGAGACAGAAAGAGAUCUCGAUCUUGCUACGUGGGGAAUUCCAGUUUGUCGAUUAUUCACAUUCUUUGGACGUGAAUGAGGGGUUAUUAUGGAAUGGAAUAGAAUUUGACGGACUCUGUCCUCAGAUGCAUAUUUGUCUGGGAUGGUCCACGCUUCAAUGCAGUGACCGCAUAAAACGUUUUGAUUGACCAACGGAGCUUAUGUCACACUGACUAUGCCUGCCUACACAACCAUACUAGAGGGGAUACUUGGCUCGCUGCGCUCCUAGCUCAUGCAGCAUAGCAGAUAGUAGAUGCCGAUCGGGAGACUGCAGCAGAAUUGAGAGAUGAGGGAGACAUGCUGCGUGAGCUGAGUGUAUUCAGGUGAGGAUCGUGCUCCAAGGCAAAGGUGUGCACUCCAUUUUGAGGAGACUUAGGAAUGUCAGCGCGGAAGAGAAAGUUUUGCAGGGAAAUAAUUAAGAACUUGAGGAGGUGGCGCUGUUGAUCCCCGUUUUCUUGAAGUUGGCUCUGGUCCCCUAACUUGGUCCCAUGUUGGUCUAUGCGUGUGUGGACACUGUGGCCAAGCACAAUGCCAGUGGAAUGGGGAGGGGAGAGGGAGGGAAGGGGGGAGGAGGAGGAGGAAUCAAGAAAGGAAGGUGGCGAUUUCAUGCAAACUGCUGGAUGAUGGAUGCCACAGUCUCUGUGCAUGGCAUGUGUACUGUUUCUGUCGGCCAGAUUCUGCUGAAAACGAAACAAUGAGAUCAUGGCAGAUAACCAUCUAGAGAACGUCGAGGGCUGAGAGUUGGAAAAUUACAUCCUUUGCCUGGCUCCUGUCACUUCUGGAGAGGUGGUCUGUAGAAGCUUACACUAUUAGUAGGUUGAUGAUCUCCAAGAAUGGCAUCACUUACUGGUGGUGGAUCUCAUUUGAGUGGAUUGAUCCUCUCUCUCAAAGAAGAGGGUAAUCUGGCCAAGCGGAUGCAAGAAGGCUCUCAUAGCUAGUGAUACCCUGUCAGGUGCGGGAUGUCUAUGGUGAGCUAGGGUAUGGGAACUUCGGCUAUGGUGACUGAGCU